AUGGGUGUCGACUACUAUGACGUCCUUAAUUUGCCAAAGGGAGCUUCUGAGGAAGAGUUGAAAAAGGCGUAUAGAAGGUUAGCGAUGCGAUGGCACCCCGACAAGAAUCCCGCGAAUAAGAAAGAAGCAGAGGCAAAAUUCAAGGAGAUUACCGAAGCAUACGAGGUUCUGAGUGAUGCUGACAAGCGAGCAGUCUACGAUAAAGACGGCGAGGAGGGGCUCAAGGGACCACCGCCACCUGCCCCGCCUUCGCAAGCUCACCCGGCGCAAGCACACUCACACACUCCUCCCCCAGGCCACGCGCACAACCAGUCGCACGCACAUCCGCAGCGGCAGCAGCAGCAGAGUGAUCAAGCUCAUCAGAAGCAGCAGGACCACACAAACCAAAGCCACCCUCCCCCUCAGGCUCACCCUCCGCCGCAAGCCACUCCUCCCCCGCAACCGCAUCCCACGCCGCAAGGCACGCCUCACUCGUCGUUCCCGUCGCACGUGUCGCAUCCAGGAGCCAACAAGCCCGAGCAUCCUAGAUUCAAGCCGCGAAAGGCGGAGGAGGUGUUUGCGGAGGUUUUCGGCAACAGCCCGUUCGCGGCAGGCCCCGACGCUGCCGGAACGCCGUAUCGAAGCCCCAAGGUCAGCCCGCACGUGCCGACCACGCCCACGGACCAUGGGCCGCAAAUAGAAGGGCACGCGUCGGACCUGCCGUCGCCCGGGCCGAAGAAAGCGGUGGUGGAGAACCGGCUGCUGUGCAGCCUGGAAGAGCUCUACUCGGGGUCGACCAGGAAAAUGAAAAUCUCGCGGAAUUUCAUCGACGCCACCGGGAAGGUGACGCCAGCCGACGAGAUUGUGACGAUAAGCGUGAAACCCGGGUGGAAGAAAGGCACGCGGAUUACGUUUCCAGGGAAGGGCAACGCGGCGGAUAUCGUGUUCGUGGUCGACGAGAAGCCGCACGAUGUCUACAAAAGGGACGGCCACGAUCUCGUGUGCACGCAGAAGAUUACUCUGGUUCAGGCGCUCGCGGAUUUCCGCCUGGAGCUGAAAACGCUAGACGGGCGUACGCUGGUAGUGAUUUUGAACGACGUGGUUACCCCGGGGUAUGAGAAGGUGAUACCCAAGGAGGGAAUGCCGGUGAAGGAGAACGGUAGAAAGGGCAAUCUCAAGAUUCGUUUUGACGUGAAAUUCCCCUCGAAGCUGACGGCGGAACAAAAGGCGGGAAUCACUCAACUGCUCGGAUGA